AUGCCCUUCUAUUUCAGCAGCUACUCAUUCGCUGCAAUACCUGCCACGCAGGUCAUGUUGAACGCACUGACAAGGAAAUCCAAGGCCAAACCCAAAGUCCUCGUCGAGGCGGCUGAGGGUGCCACGAAGGAGGCAGACUCCACCGUGAAGACGGCCAACACCGACGCCGGCGCGGACAAGUGUCCCUCCUCCUCCUCCUCCGCCGCCUCAAGCGGUGGUGGGGCAGCCUGUCGCGUGAAACACAAAAAAUCUCACAAAAAGGCUACCCUACUCGGUGCUGCUAGCUGCAGCCGGGCGCCCGAAGAGGAAAUGGCAUCACGUACGAGAAGUGCCUCCUCGAGACGAUCCUGCUCCACAGUGGUGACCUUCGAGUCUAUUCAGCCCACACAAGUGUGGCAGGCCUCUGCCAGCCCUUCGCCACCGGCCUCCCUAAAGGGCGACCUAGCCAAGUACCGACGGGGUAAAAAGGGCAGUUCAAUCUGUGCUGGGACGGAGAACCUCACUCUGUCAAUGAUUGCCCGUGCUGCGGAAUGCCAGUGGAUAUCUGCGGAAUCCACCGGAGACGAGGAGGACGCCAUCGACACCAGUGACGAAUGGGACGCCUCGAACUCAAGCAGCAUCCGCAGCCACCGCCACCACCACCAGCAUCGUCAUCAUCGUGCAUCGUCGCCCUCUCGCAGACGACCCGCCACCAUGACGAACUCCGGCAGUCUUUCUGCCUCCUCAGAUAGCUCGCCAACCACUUCGACAUCCUCAGCCUCCAGUCUGGACAUGGUAGGUCGGUCGAACGACAAGACCGAGAGAUACCGGCAGCCUCCCGACUACGGUCCUUCUUCUUCUUCUUCAAAGCGUUGCGAACGGGGUGGCAAAUAUUCUGAAAGAGGUGCCAGCGGUUCAUCGCACCGCAGGAAGCAUCGCCGAAGCCCUGUGGAGCCGGUAUUUAGCGCCAUAUCGAGCAGCAGUAGUAGCAGCAGCAGUCUCAGCGAUCCGGACAACGAGUCCGACUUCAGUUGGAUGGCACGGGCACUUAAACUCGAGGCGACCGCUGGAGGGAGUCUGGGUAGCGCAACGCCAAUCCAGACGCCGCAGUUGAAGCGGACCUCUGUCAAUAGCGCCGGGAGUUACGCCACGAAACAGCUGGCUCGUGUGCCCGUCAUGCAAAUCUCCAGCGCACAGCAAACACCACAACUUAAUCGGCUGCCGCUCAUGCAGUUAAACCCGGUUUCCACCGCUUCACCUAUGCGCAGCAACUCCUUCAGCCGUCCGCAAGUUCUUCCACUGACAGGGUUCCCAAAGGCUCAGAGAUGUCCCACACAACAACUACCUCUGGUGCGACGACCAAUGCCGAAGAUGGAGUACCUUCCCAAUCCCCUGGCAUUGGUGACAGAGAGCUUCUCCCCCACUACUGAAUGGAUGGAAAAGUACAAGGUCAUUACGGCGCGACAGGGUGAGUACCUACGAAUCAUUCCAUAUCCCGGCACCAAUCCUGACCUCAGCACCGCCUCAACAGCCUCGCCGCCCGCCUCCGGUUGGUUAUUAGCUCAAAAGUGGUGCUCUGACCAUCGCACGGGCACCGGCCCAAUCGGGUUUGUCCCGCGCUACAUCUGCCGCCUACCCAACGACCAGAUGCGAAGAACACCGGUGCAGGAGGCCUUAGUGCGUCUAAGUCCUCGUCGCAUCAGCCAUGAUACUGUCUCCCAUCACAGCGAUUGUACAGCCUUCAUGACAACCUCACAGCAGUUUCGAUCAGAUGUGGGCUGCGCGAUAGUGUCCGAGUCAGUGAGUAUAUCUGAGCACUCCCAACUACGAGUCUACCCAGCUCCCGCCUCAGUUGCUGCAACUGCCACGGGGGUGGAUCCGAAUGUCCAGCAGGCAAAUAAGACGGUGUUCGGAUCUGGCGCCUCAAUCGCUGCAGCUGCCUACGAGAUUGAGGACCGCGAUUCUGGGCGCGGCCCGAGUUCCGGUUCGGAGUGGAGCAGCGGAAAGGGUGGCAGUCUGAGCGGAGCCACAGAUCUCAAUGCCGACGAGAAGAUCGACCAGCCCGCCAUGUCCUCAACUGGUCCUUCAACGAGCUCACCCACAUGUAGCAGUCCACCCUAUCCUCCGCAACACUGGGGAGUUAGGAGUCCCGUAGGUGACCACCACGAACGCCGGGCGUCCCUGGAUCAUUCAAUCUACGGUGGUUUCACAUGUCCCCUGCCCCCACCCCCGAUGGUCUUGUUGACCGAUGCUGCCUCCACCACCGGGCCUCAGAAGACAGAGUCCGGAUUCCUGACGCCAAAUACUAGCCAUGUGAGCUCCAUGUCGGACACAGAGAGCCCAUGGAGUACCACGGUCAAGAGUAAACUCUACGUCCGGCCACUGAGAACGGGUCAGUCCUUGCAGGACAGAACCGAGGCGGUUGGGGAGCAGAUGAGCAAAACGGGGGAUCAGACUGCCAGUAAAACAACUACUGAGGGCGAGGAGGAUGAAGAGGAGGGAAACGGUUCUCCACCGACGGUGGUUGUACCCUCCAACUCUGACCCCACACAUUGGGAACCAUAUAAGACUAUGAUUCAGGUUGGACAGAACAAACUCGAAAAAUUCACACUUGUUUAG